AAAUCACGAAAACUAAUAAUUCGUAAUAUUUUUAUCAUCUGAAAUAAGAGAACCUAAAAACCUAACAACUUCUGUUCCUUAGUUUCCUCCAGAAAUUUCUUGGUUAGUAGAGAAAAUGGUAAAAUCCGGCAAAACCAUGCUCCGAUUCGAAGCUGAAGGAGGAGGGAGGAGUGUAUCUGAUCAGAUUGUUAGAAAAUGUAUUUUAUCUCUUCAAAAAAUUUCUUUUCUCUUGUAGAGAAGAAAAAAAAGGUUUUUUUUUUUCAGAGAGGUUAAAAAGAAGUUCUUACCUGAUUUUAGACCGGAUCUUUCUAGAUUAACAGUAGAUCUGAUGUUGUUUUGCACUAAAAUGAUUCGUCACUUAUACCAUAAUAAAAGAUUGAUGAUGGCAAUUUGCGGGAGCGGGGAUUUCGGUUACGAAGUUCACAGGAUGCUGCUUGGAUUGGUGUCUGAUCAAGAUUCAUCUGAACAAAUAAAAGGUUAUUUGAAGAGCUGUAUGACUGAGGUGAGGAAGAAGUGGCCUCACUUAGAAGACACUGGUAUAUUAGCUGUUUGGUAUGACUUUGAUGAUCAAGACCGGCCAGCUCCCAUACUUUUCGAGUGCAACUCGUCUAAUUUGUCAGUCACGGUCAAUAUAACUCAAAGAGGCUAUUCAUUUGGUGGUUCUUGUGACAGCGAUAUCCUGUCAUAUGUACAACUCCACCAUGACACGAGAUGCCGGACUUCGUUUGGUACACGAGUGUACCUCUAUUGCUGCAGGGAGAGCGAAGGCUUAGAGGAGAAACAGAGCUACGGGUGAUGAUUGUCGUGUUCAGGGGUGGUACCAUGCUCGAGUUUUGCUGGCAAUCAAAGAUUCUAGGGAAUUUCCCUUGCUAGAUGGGGGGCCAAUUGUACCUCUUCUCCUUGAGCAACAAAAUGUUGGAUGACUAAGUAUCUAUAAGAAUUGUGUUUCGAGGCAUAUUACAAAAACAAGAAUUACUGAAAGAAGGCAGGAAAAUUUCGAGUAGGACAAAGAGUAGGAGUGACAGUAGUUGUGCUUAGGCUAGCAAGACAAAGGAAGAAGAAGGAAAGUAGGCUGGAGCUGGGUGACCAGAAAGUAGGAAAGCAACUCGAGAAGAAGGCAGGAGACUUGAAAUCUCUGUCUGACAACAAGUUGUCUAACUGUAUAACAAACUUAAUUAGUUAUUUCAAGUUAAUUAAUUGUAAUACUUUAAGAGCAACCACAGUCAUGAGACGGACCAAAUACCAAAAGCCAGACUAAAAGUCAAAAAAAUUUGGUAUUCUGUGUGUUCAAGCGUAGUGGGAGAAGACCAAAAUUUGGUGAAGCGUAACUUAUACCCACGCUUGAUGCGGGACGGAACUUAUACCCACGUUUCCUGAUGGAGCGUGUUUAUAAUAUGCGUCUUAAUGAAACGGAGGUAUAAUGCGCGCUUGAUUGAGGCGUAGGUAUAAUUCACGCCGGACACGGGA